AUGGAGCAGACAGGGGGCAACUGCGUGGUCACUGAAACUUUUCUCCAACGUGCACAAGAUCUCCCUCUGAACUGCACACCAGGGGCAGCGUCUGCGAAUGCUUGCCAGAAGACGAGAACGGACGAAUCCAAUGAAGCUUGUGGCGACGGCGUUUGCAGCUCCUCCAUUUACUGCAGCCCCGGUGGUGUGAAUUCGUUGGUCUGUCCUUGUCCCACCAGCUGCGGUGCACCCACUGACUGCACGGGGAAGUGCUCUGGAGAUCCCUUGCUGUUUGGGAGCGGACCACCAAAGUAUUACCCUCCGGAGGUGCUGGUUGGCAAGGCUCCGCUGGAUUGCCUCUACUUCUGUCCAGGGGCGGAGUGCGCCAAGAGCGUGUACAUUCUCAACGACAGUGUGUGCGAUUGCGUCAAUUGUGAAGAUGAAGGCAGCUUUUCUUGUGAGACCUGUACGUGCCCCGCUGCGCCUCUGCAACGCUCCUACGACUUCAAUUCUGUGGGUUGCGGCUUCACACCUUUGGACACAGUGGUGCGAGGGAAGGGUCCAGCGAGCGGCUUCCCGCCGUGGCCUUUUAAUCCAGUAUGUUGGGGUCCUCGAGGCGAUUUUCGCCCAUCAAAGGCUGGAGGGGUGGACGGCUCUGGUGGGGCCUUCAAGCAAAAGCUGCUGGAAAGGGCGGCCGCGCGGGUCGAUUUGGAGUUGAACAAGGUCGUCCAUCAAGCCCUUGCAGAUGAGGGUGUCAGAAAAGCCGUCAAGUCUGCUGAAGCAGAAGGCUACAGCGCGGCCUCCUUGAAGGCUGAAAUGGAUGCACUGGGCUCUGCCAUUGGUUUGGGACCCCACCACCGCCGGGUGUAUGGCCUGGUACAUUCCUUCCUGGCAGAGCGCGAUGUUCAAAAGACGUUGGAAAAUUGGGUAGCAGAAGCCUACAAUGAACAAGCCGAGGACGAUGUGAGGCGACGGGAAAUUGCAGACUAA